AUGACGGUACCACAAGAACAAGUCGAACGGCGGAGUCUGAGCACACUCAGCUCCGCCGAGAGCCAUGAUUGUUUUGAGUUGGAACUGUCAGGGGCUUGGGAACCCCAGGGCAGUUCAGGCACUACGACGGUUGAUCGUCGUACAAGGACCCACGGUUGUCUUCUUGAGCGAAACAAGGUGCAAUCGUCUGGAGGGCUGUGUCUUCUGUGGAAAUCUGAAUGCCAGGUGGCCAUCCGAUCCGCGUCUCUUCACCACGUUGAUGGAGAGGUCGGAGGUAUUGGCGAUCCAGCGCAUUGGCGUUUUACUGGCUUUUAUGGCUACCCUUCUACGGCAGACAGAUAUAAGUCAUGGCAACUACUCCGUGGUUUGGCUACUGAGUCCACACUCCCUUGGAUCUGUUUUGGGGAUUUUAACGAGAUACUUCACAGUAAUGAGAAGGAAGGGGGAGCGCCUAGACCAAUCAGGCAAAUGCUAGCUUUUUGUCAAGCCAUUUCUGACUGCGCACUGGAGGAUUUGGGUUUUGAAGGGGCUGAGUUUACCUGGUACAGUGCCAGAGUGGGUGGUAUUAAAGAGAGGCUAGAUCGGGCUCUUGCUAAUCUCAUGUGGCAGGGGUUAUUUCCUGCAUCACGCGUGGUGCAUCUGGAACCCAGUCGCUCGGACCACCUGCCUAUUCUCAUUUACCUAAACCAGCAUAAAAAUAAAGACGGGGCACCUUCACCUUGGUUUCGUUUCGAACACAUGUGGACCAGUCAUGCUGAUUGUGAAAGUGUAAUUAGUGCUGCUUGGGCGACUAGUGUUGUUGGCACACCCAUGUUUCAGUGUACGGAUCAGACUAUUGCAGCUUUCAAAGCCUUAUCGACACAAUUGGAUGAGUUGUUGGUUCGCGAGGAGGUUUAUUGGCAGCAAAGAGCUAAGGUUGCUUGGCUUCGGGAUGGGGAUAGGAAUACCAUAUUCUUCCAUCAACGGGCCAACAUGCGGAAGCAAAGAAAUAGUAUUCAUGGAUUAACCGAUAGAAAUGGUGUAUGGAGGGAAGAUGGUGCCGCAGUCCAGGAAAUAGUGGUGGAUUAUUUCACACACCUUUUCACCGCUAAUGGUAGACGCAGAGAGGAUAUUCUUCUCAAUACUGUUGAACCAUGUGUGACACAAGCCAUGAAUGACUCGCUUCUUGCUAGCUUCACGGAGCAGGAAGUAAAGCACGCUGUCUUUCAGAUGUACCCAACCAAGGCACCUGGGCCGGAUGGAAUGCCACCUGUCUUUUUUCAGAAAUAUUGGCACAUUGUGGGCAAUGAUGUGUCCCGAGCCAUUAUUAAUUUUCUAUCUUCAGGACGUCUACUUCACAAGAUCAACUUCACCCAUGUGGUACUUAUUCCUAAAGUGAAAAACCCAAAGGACAUGACCCAACUACGCCCUAUCAGCCUCUGUAACGUUUUAUUUAAAAUUGCCUCCAAGGUGCUAGCCAAUCACCUGAAAAUUAUCCUCCCUUCUCUGAUCUCGCCCAGUCAGAGUGCUUUUGUCUCAGGACGCCUUAUCUCGGAUAAUUCCGUAUUAGCUGCUGAAAUUAUCCACUGCCUGCGGAGUCGACGACGGGGUAAGAAAGGCUUUUUGGCAUUGAAACUCGAUAUGAGCAAGGCCUACGAUCGAAUUGAAUGGCCUUUCCUGGAAGAAAUGAUGAAGAAAUUGGGCUUUGCAGAAAAAUGGGGGUCUCAGGCAGGGAGAUCCGCUAUCCCCUUAUCUGUUUAUUUAUGUGCACAAGGUUUCUCUAGUUUCCUUACACAUGCAGAACGGGAUGGGCGCUUAAAAGGAGUCUCCAUUUGUAGGGGUGCGCCUCCCAUCAACCACCUCAUGUUUGCCGAUGAUUGCUACCUGUUUGCCCGUGCAAAUGUGGGAGAUUGUGGGACAAUCAAGGAGGCACUCUCUUGGUAUGAAUGGGUAUCCGGUCAACAAGUUAAUUUACAGAAGAGUGCAAUAUGCUUCAGCAAAAAUAUUAAGCACCAAGACCAACUGGUUCUAGCAACAUCUCUCGGUGUCUCUUGUGUUGAGCAUUAUGAUAAGUAUCUUGGGCUUCCAAUGGUAGUUGGCAGGAACAAAGGUUCCUCAUUUGCACAUCUCAAGGAACGGUUGUGCAAAAAAUUAUAUGGCUGGAAAGGAAAGCUCUUAAGCGGUGCUAGGAAAGAAAUUCUUAUCAAGACUGUGGCACAGGCUCUUCCCUUGUAUUCGAUGAGCGUUUAUUUAUUGCCCAAAUAUUUUUGUGAUGAUCUUAACCGCUUAAUUGCAGAUUUUUGGUGGAACGGAAAUAAUGGCGACAGGAAAAUACAUUGGCUUGCUUGGGAUAAGCUUUGCCAACCCAAAGAUGUUGGGGGGUUGGGCUUCCGUGAUUUAUAUGCUUUCAACCUUGCUAUGUUAGCUAAGCAAGGAUGGAGGCUCAUACAAUAUCCGGAUUCCCUUAUAGCACGGGUUCUACGAGCUAAGUAUUUUCCUGAUAAAUCUUUUCUUGAUGUCCCUGUUUCAGACAAUUCUUCUUAUGUUUGGAAAGUAUCUGUGCGGCCAGAAAAAUUCUUUUGCAGGGAUCUAGAUGGCAGGUGGGCAGUGGGGCAGAGAUUGAUAUUUGGAAGGACCCAUGGCUGCCACGCCCUUCUACCUUUCGGGGUUAUCUCACCAAAACCCACCGGUUGCACUAUUACCAAGGUGAAAGAGCUUAUUCUUGACCACCCCCGACGCUGGAAUAUUAGCCUUCUAUCUAAUCUCCUUUACCCUCCCGAUGUGGAUGUGAUCCGAACUCUUCCGCUGAGCUUCCAUCACAGGGUCGACGCUCUUAUUUGGCAUUUUGACAAAAAAGGUCAAUUCACUGUCAAAAGUGCUUACAAGGUAGCCCGUACGGUUCUUGAUCCCCAGACUCUGGCGUCGUCAUCAACUGGGGAUGGUUUUAGUAAAGGUUGGACUGCUAUUUGGAAGGCAAAGAUUCCAAGCAAGAUAAAAUUGUUUUGGUGGAAAGCUUGCACUGGCAUUCUACCAACCAAGGACAACUUGUGGAAACGAAAGAUACAUUUGGAUACAUGCUGUGACUUAUGUGGGGCUGAAUUGGAUCUACUUUGCAUGUGUUACCCAUUUGCAAGAGGAGUCUGGGCCUGUGCUUUAAUUGGCAGCGGUGGCAUCUCUCAACAAUAUCACCAUGUGCAUGAUUGGGUCCUCUCAUGGGGCUGCUCUUGGUCGGGGCUGUUAUGCGCCUCAGCCUUGGACAAAACCUUGCGCUGGAAGUCUAAAAUUAAUGUGGACGGCUCUUGGACAGCAGGUAAUACAUAUGGGGGUGUGGGAAUAUUGGUGCGCGAUUCUAAUGGCAAGUUUGUUGCGGGCAGAGCGUUGCAUGUGGACAAUGUUUUCUCAGCUUUACAGGUUGAAGCAAUGGCAGCUCGCGAAGGAGCAAUUUUGGCGGUGGAAGGGGAUUUUAAUAAUGCAAUUUUUGAGAGUGAUUCUCUCCAGAUCGUGUCAGCAAUCCGAAGUUCUUCUGUUGAUAGGUCCAAUGUGGGCCCAGUGGUGGAAGACACUAAGGCACUGCUAACCCAGAUCACUGGGGAUGGUUUUACCCAUAUCCGUCGGGUUGCAAAUGGAGCGGCUCAUCGUCUGGCACGUUAUGCUUCCCAUACUGGCACUAUGACUACUUGGUUUGAAGAACCGCCAGAUCUUCUAGUUGAUGUCCUGUACGAGGAGUGUAACUUGUAG